AUGAAAAUAAACACCAGCAAGCUAAUAAGAAAGGUUACAGAAUCUUGUUCAUCUCCGAACGGUUUAAAAAAAAUUUGGGCAUCACCAGAUUCAAUUGACCAUCUCAAAGGAGAGUACUUUUCCUUUGGUAAACUAAGGAUAUUGAAACAAAAAAGAUUAUCUAGUAUGGUGACAGGAACAGAUUUGAAAAAGCAGGAGAUGGCAAAGAGUCCGAAGGCGCCGGUUCUUGUUCAGAAAGAGUUUGCAAAUUUACAGUAUUCCACGUCUCAAAAUGACUAUUUAAAGCCUCCACCACCUCCUGUGACUGAAGCAGGUGAAGAGAAUGAAGAUGACUCUCAACAGCAGCAGGAAGAAACUACCCCAUUAUCGCUGACAAUCCCUACUUUUGAUAAUGUUCAAACAUUACCGACUCCGAUGACAUACACACCCCUAUCUCCAGCUGGAUUGUCACUAUCUCCUAUUAAAGAUCAGAAACAACCGGAUCAACCAUUACAAAUAAAGAAAAAACGUGCACAUGGGAGUCCUCGUAUUGGAGGUGGAUUGGAUUCUGUGUUAUUGGAGUCUCAACAGCGUGUAAUUUCAGAAUUAAUCCCAGCACCUUCCUUUCAACAGCAAAGAGUCGUUUCAUUGCCCACAGUUAACGAAGAGCCAAUUCCAUCUUUUGAACCCGAUAUCAUACCAAAAGAAUUUGCUCAUACAAAUAUCGAUACGUUUGACAAUCAUGCGGAAUCCACACUAGUUGGAUAUCCAUUGCAACAUUUAGACAAAGCACAUGUGCUAAGGUGGAAAAAAGUGAAAAAAAUUGGUGAAGGGAACUUUAGUGACGUCUUAUUAUACGAAUCCCUGGAUCAAACCGAUCCUAAAAUGAUGCAAAUAGCAGUAAAAAGAAUUAAAUAUCCUGUGGAGGUUACCGAUAUAACUUUUAGGGGAACUCCACAAUAUAACGAUACCUUAUCAAGGUUGGAGAGUUCUUUGACAAGGGAAUUAGGGGUUCUAAAGUUGCUGGAUUAUCCUUGCAUUGUGAAACUAUAUGGAAUAAAUAAUCCCAUUUUUGUUCAAAGUAAGACACCCUUACGAGAUUUGCUAGCCAAGAAUCCCGCCUUACCACCUUGUGAUAUGAUAAUGUCGUAUUGUUCGGGCGGUGAUUUGUUAGCGGCCAUAAGUCGUUGUCUUGGCGAGUUGGAUAUUUGGUUAAUUCAAAGAUUGUUUACAGAACUUGUCAUGGCUGUGAACUAUUUACAUGAUAAUAAUAUUAUUCACAGAGAUUUGAAAUUGGAGAACAUUCUAUUAAAAUAUCCAUUAGAACAUAUUAUUGCCUUAAAAGAUUCUCCAGUUUUUACUUCUUUGAAUAUGAUAGAAUUGGCAGAUUUCGGUCUUUGUAAGCAGAUUCAACCAGGGGAAUUAUGCACUGCAAGGUGUGGUUCAGAGGACUACGUUUCUCCCGAAAUUCUCAUGGGAGUUCCAUAUGAUGGUCAUUUGACAGACACAUGGGCCCUUGGUGUGAUACUGUAUUCCAUUCUUGAAGAUAGAUUGCCAUUCGAUCCACCUCCAAAUGCUACCUCAAGACAAAGGAAUAGAGCUACUUCACAUAGAAUAGCUAGAUUUGAUUGGCAUUGGUUUAGGCUGGCCAAUACUGAAUUGGAUGCCAAGGAAAUUGUCGCCAAUACACUAACAAGGAAAAAUCAACGAUGGGAUAUCAAACAAAUUAUGGAAUCUAUUUUUGUUAAAACCGAAAUGGAAUCAUUAACAUUUUGA